GGUCCUUGCGUGAGGGCGGGCUGAGAGCCAAGAUGGCGGCGCUCGGGAGCAGCUGCUGCGGGUUCCUGGGCACCAGACUCCGCACAGCGCAGGUGAUGACACGUUUGUGUUACAACAGGCGAUGGAGCAGCCACAGGGUCGGACAUCAGAAGCCCUCCCUGCUGACACCUUCCUUCUCUGCUCCCUCCAGAAGUAUCUUCAUUCAAACCCAGGAUACGCCAAACCCAAACAGCUUGAAGUUCAUCCCGGGCCGGACAGUCCUGGAGAGCGGGACCAUGGAUUUCUCAGCUCCCAGCACAGCGUUUUGCUCACCGUUAGCCAGGCAGCUCUUCCGAAUUGAUGGCGUCAAAGCGGUUUUCUUUGGGCCAGACUUUAUCACCAUCACCAAGGCAGACGUUAAUGUGGAGUGGAAAUUGCUCAGACCAGAUAUCUACGCCACCAUCAUGGAUUUCUUUUCAUCUGGGCUUCCAGUCCUGACUGACGAGGCACCACGGACCGACACAGCUGCUUCAGAUGACGAUGAUGAAGUUGUAGCAAUGAUAAAGGAGCUGCUGGACACCAGGAUCAGGCCCACUGUUCAGGAGGACGGGGGAGAUAUCAUUUUCAAGGGGUUUGAAGAUGGUAUCGUAAAACUGAAGCUCCAGGGCUCCUGCACAAGCUGCCCCAGCUCUAUCAUCACCCUGAAGAGUGGCAUCGAAAACAUGUUACAAUUCUAUAUCCCCGAGGUGGAUGGUGUGGAGCAGGUAACGGAUGACUAAUGUUACAAGGGCAGGCGUUUCACGGAUCCCUCUCAGAUGAAACUUAGCGUUUAGAGCUUAUUUAAAUCGGUCGCACUCUUUCACAUUCUGUCGUGGGAUCCCCGUGCACUUUAAUAUUGACACACCGGUGUUCGUGGCAAAUCUGUUUGGUAAUAUAUUUUGCAAUAAAGAAUUUGAGCUGUUUUUUAAA